AUGACAUCCCCGGACUAUAUUAACCAUUUCUCGCUGGCCAAUAUCCCGUUCGGCAUAGCAUCAUCUCCGAAACAUCCGAGUCCCCAAUGUGUUACUCGGCUAGAGAAUACCGUCAUUUUCCUCGAUGUACUUCAGCAGUCUGGUGUUUUUGUGGAAGUCCUCGGUCUUCCGGAGAGGGUAUUCAGCAAGUCCACGCUCAAUGAGUUCGCUGCCCUUUCCAAGGCUGUCCACCGUGAAGUACGGACUGUGCUGCAGAAUGUCUUGGCCAACGCAUUGCCUCCAAAUACCACCGAGGAUAUUGGCGCUGUCACUCUACACCUUCCUGUAUCGGUAGGUGGGUUCACGGAUUUCUCCUGCAGUCUUCAUCACGUCCGAAAUGCUGGUCGGGCAAUCCUCAACGAUGAAUCACCGCCUCCAGGCUUCUUCAAUUUUCCGAUAGGAUACAAUGGCCGUUCUAGUACAGUGGUAAUCUCCGGAACUCCAAUCGUCCGCCCAAAAGGCCAUUUCUUCGAUCGGACCGCUAUCAGCGAGAAGAAACCGAUAAUAUAUGGGCCGUGCCGAGCGAUGGACUAUGAGCUGGAGGUCGGAGUUAUCGUUGGCAAGAGUGUACAGAAACUGCAGGAGUUAAAUGCCAAAGAUGCUGAUGAGCAUAUCUUCGGAAUGGUCAUUCUGAAUGAUUGGAGUGCCCGCGACAUUCAGGGCUGUGAGAUGGUCCCAUUGGGUCCUUUGAAUGGCAAGGCUUUUGGAACCAGUAUCUCCCCAUGGGUGGUGACGUUGGAUGCCCUGGAAUCUUUCAAAGUUUCUGGACCAAAGCCCGAGGCGUUGCUUGCUAGCCAUUUAAAAGAUGUCUCGGAGUCCGAGUCCAGUUACGACAUAAGCAUGAAGGUGGAACUUCUCAAUGACGGGCAGGUUACGACUCUUAGUAGAUCUAACGUCCGUGAUCUUCAUUGGAGCGGACGCCAGAUGUGCGCCCAUCUUGCCAGUACUGGAGCGGAUCUCCAGACUGGUGACAUCCUGGGGACAGGAACAGUCAGUGGACCAACUGAUGGCAGCUUUGGCUGUUUGCUUGAAGUUACCAAGGGCGGGAAGGAGCCUGUACUUCUUGCGGACGGUUCGAAAAGAGUUUACUUGCAAGAUGGAGAUGUGAUUCGUAUGGUAGCUUCAGCUGGAGCAUCUGGUUCCGGCGUUGGGUUUGGUGAAUGCAUUGGAGAGUUGAGGCCCGCAAUCUAA